AUGCUUAGGAUAGACCACUGCAAGCCUGGGUCCUGGGGCAGCUUCUGGGCCAUCCUGACCUUGGUGGGCCUGGCCACUCGUGCAGCCCAGAGAGCAGACAUGGGUGGAGAGGCAGCGGCUACCUCCAUCAACCACUCGCAGGUGCUGCUCCAGCGCAUGCAGGAGCUGUUGCGGCAGGGCAAUGCCAGCGACGUGACUCUGCGCGUGCAGGCUGCGGGCACUGACGAGGUCCGUGUCUUCCAUGCCCACCGCCUACUGCUGGGCUUGCAUAGCGAGCUGUUCCAGGAGCUGCUGAGCAACCAGAGCGAGGUGGUGCUGCAGGAGCCCCGAGACUGUGCUGCCGUCUUUGACAAGUUCAUCAGGUACCUGUACUGCGGGGAGCUGGUGGUGCUGCUGGCGCAGGCCAUCCCGCUGCACCGGCUGGCCACCAAGUACGGGGUGUCGUCGCUGCAGCGGGGCGUGGCCGACUACAUGCGCGCGCACCUGGCGGGGGGCGCGGGCCCGGCGGUGGGCUGGUACCACUACGCGGUGAGCACGGGGGACGAGGCCCUGCGGGAGAGCUGCCUGCAGUUCCUGGCCUGGAACCUGUCGGCCGUGGCGGGGAGCGCCGAGUGGGGCGCCGUGAGCCCCGAGCUGCUGGCGGCGCUGCUGCCGCGCUCGGACCUGGUGCUGCAGGACGAGCUGGAGCUGUUCCAGGCGCUGGAGGCGUGGCUGGGGCGCCUCGUGGUCACCCCGGCCAGCAGCGGCGGCGACGCGGCCGGCGUGAGCUUCCAGAAGACCGUGCUGGUCGGGGCGCGCCAGCAGGGGCGCCUGCUCGUCCGCCACACCUACAGUUUCCAUCAGAGUAGCGAGGAGGCCGGCGACUUCCUGGCGCACGCCGACCUGCAGAGGCGCAACUCCGAGUUCCUGGUGGAGAACGCGCUGCACCUGCACCUCAUUGUCAAGCCCGUCUACCACACUCUCAUCCGGACUGGGAAAUAA